AUGAAUACCAAGGCUUCCUCGCCUCCAAAUAAAUGGUUGGUUGCGUACAACUCAAUCUCGGCAUCUUUAUGGUCGAUUGUGUUUUUCAAUACAGUUUUCCUUUCCUUGGCCUUGGGCCAGCCUCAUGUGUUUGUCAAAACCAACAUUAUCAACACCGCCAUUCAGACUUUGGCGGUGGUUGAAAUCGUCAAUGCAGUGACGGGCCUUGUCAAGUCGCCCGUUUUCACCACUGCAACCCAAGUGUUUUCUCGUUUGUUACUAGUCUGGGGGAUCCACCAGUAUUUACCAGAUUCUCCUGCAAAUUCCCAUUGGUGCUAUACGACCUUGUGUUUGAGCUGGUCAAUCACCGAAAUCAUCAGGUACUCGUACUAUGCGCAAAAUCUAAAAGGCCAGGUCCCCCACUGGUUAACCUGGUUGCGUUACACUACUUUCUAUGUCUUGUACCCAGCCGGUGUCUUUAGUGAAGUUUACCAAAUCAUCUUGUCAUUGGAAACCGCGGGCUACUACUACGGGUGGUUUUUGAAAUUGGUAUUAGUCACCUACAUCCCAGGUUUCUACAUGUUGUACACUUACAUGAUUAGGCAGAGAAGAAAGGUACUCGGUCCAAAAACAAAAAAAGCCAAACCAAUCUGA